CCGAACCCACGAGGGCGCGAGAUUUUGUUUGGGUUUCCUCCAGCUUCCCAGAGUUUUCCCGCCCGCACUGUCUUGCCGUCAAAAGGAGCGACGAAGGAAAAGCGCCAGUCACCACCGCACGGCCAAAGAGUUGCGACGAGGUGGUUGAAGAGGAUGGCCAUUAUCAGCUGUCGGCGUGCAAUCAAGUGUGUAAUUGUUGUAUAGGGCUAUCGCUGCUUCAUUCAUAGUGCCACUUUUUGCCUGCUUGGAGACCGAAACCGGGGGCUGAUUUUUCACUUUAGACAACAAACACAACAACAGCAGAAGGAGUGUGUGCCAGAUGUGUAGAUUUUAUGAUACUGGACGGAUGGAUGGUCACGGACAGUAGACUGACUGUUGAUGAUGACGAUGGUCUGACGCAAGAAUCUGAUGGACAGAAUGUAGCGGAUUCAAGGAAGAAAUAACAUGGAAUCAAGGCGGUCAACGGGAAAAGCUAUCCGUGUAUCGUGUGGAAGCGAUAGUGAUAAUGAUGCUUGGUUGGGGAGUUGCAGAAAAUAAUACAGAAUUGUUUAUAUUGGUGAAGAGCUCCAAAUCGAAACAAUGUCACACUUAAACAAGAUCUAAACCCACUAAAAACAACGAUCUAAACCAUGCACCGCAAACCACUGGGCGUCUCCAUCGCACUGGUGUUCCUCGAAUAUUGCGUCGUCCUGUCCUGCUGCGUCCGGGGUCGACCGGCGGCGGCACCCGAUGGCCACCACGAGGGGAGUGCCGGCCUGUUGUUGUUGAACAACCUAAGUGAAGCCACACGGUCCGAAACGGUUGACGAGGACGGUGGCUACUUCGAGGACGACCUGGACCUCGGUGCCAUCAUGUCCAUCGGGGAGCGGCUCAUCAAACGGUCCGGCGGGUCCGGAAUCAGCCGGAUCGAGGUCCCGGAGGAGGAUUACGGUGGUAAUUACACCACCUACAACGUGGGAGUCCUGAUGGCGUCGCAUCUGGAUUCUCCGUUUGAUUUGGAACGGUGCGGGCCGGCGGUGGAUUUGGCAUUGGUUUUCAUCAACGAGUUUUUGAUGGCACAUCAUAGAAUAAAGCUGCUGAAAGUUCAACAGAGCUACGCGUCCUGUUCCGGCGCCAAAUCACCGGGCCUGGCGGCGGACAUGCACUUCAAGGACAACGUGAUCGCCUUCAUCGGGCCGGCCUGUGCCUUCGCGCUGGAACCGGUGGCCCGGCUGGCCGACUACUGGAACACGCCCAUCAUCACCGGGAUGGGCGAUCAGCCUCCGUCCGAGGGGGAACUCUCGGUGACAUCUGGAAUCCUCGGCCGGCUGAGUAACAAAUGGAAAAACGAAAGCACGGGCAUCUUCAAGGACAAGUCCAAGUACCAAACGCUGACGCGGAUGUCGUACUGCCAGUGCCGGCUCAAGCUCGUCUUCUCCAGCAUCUUCAAGCAGUUUGGGUGGAAGCACGUCGGGCUGCUGCUGGACCGGUCCGAUCUGUUCUCCCUGACGGUGGGCAAAAAUCUCGAGUACGGCUUGAAGGAGGAGGACGUGCUGACCUUUAUGCGCGAGCUGGACGGCAACGACGAGGAGGAUCUGGAUAACUAUCUGCAGGAUGCCAGCAUGUACGCCCGGGUGAUUAUCCUCUCGGUUCGUGGGAGUUUGGUCCGCAAGUUUAUGCUUUCGGCUCAUCGACUUGGCAUGACACGAGGCGAGUUCACCUUUCUCGAUGUUGAGAUUUUCCAGAGCUCCUACUGGGGGGACCACUACUGGGAGUUGGGUGAUGAGGAUGACCAGGCGGCCCGGAAGGCGUAUCAGGCCCUGCUCCGGGUGUCCCUACUCCAGCCCACAAGCCCCUCGUACCAGUAUUUUGCCGAAAAGGUUCGCCAACGGGCCAAACGGGACUACAACUACACCUUCGUUGAGGACGAGGAGGUGAACUUUUUCAUCGGAGCGUUCUUCGACGGCGUUUACCUGCUCGGGAUGGCGCUGAACGAGACGCUCAACGAGGGGGGCAACAUCCGGGACGGGAGCGCUAUCACCCGGAAGAUGUGGAACCGUAGCUUUGACGGCAUCACCGGGCACGUGCGAAUCGACGACAACGGAGAUCGUGAUGCCGAUUAUUCCAUCCUGGACCUGGAUCCAAUUACCGGCCGUUUCGAGGUGGUGGCACAUUAUUACGGCAAAACUAGAGAGUACUCCCCGGUAAAGGGCAAACGGAUCCACUGGCCCGGAGGCCGCGAGGGACCCCCGCCCGACAUUCCAAAGUGUGGCUUCAUGGGAAACUCGCCCGCGUGCCAAAGAAGCGAGAUGAUGCUCCUUUACGGCAUAAUCGGUUUCGGGAUCAUUUCCGCGUUCGCAGCGGCCGUCACGUACGUGCUGUGCAAGCAAAUGAAGCUGAAUAAUGAACUGAACAACAUGUCCUGGCGGGUCCGGCCGGAUGAGGUGCUGCUCGAAGUUGGACGGCUCUUUGGCAGCAAGAUGGGCCUGCAGAAGCUGAAUUAUGAGAACUUUUCCCUGCAGCAAUUUGGAAGUUCGGGACGUGCCUCAAUCGCUAGUGGAAACUCGCAGCUGCCGGCACAGCUGUUCACCACCAUCGGCAUCUACAAGGGCGAACGGGUUGCCAUCAAGAAGGUCGCCAAGAAGAAGGUCUACAUAACCUCGACUCUGCUGUGGGAAAUCAAACAGGCCCGGGACGUGAGCCACGAGAAUACGGUCCGCUUUGUGGGGGCCUGUAUUGACCUGCCGCGACCUUCGAUUCUGAUUUUGACCGAGUACUGCCCGAAGGGAAGCCUCAAGGAUGUUCUCGAAAAUGAAGCCAUCCAGCUGGACUGGAACUUUCGGAUGUCUCUGAUUCACGAUGUUGUCAAGGGAAUGGCCUACCUUCACAACAGCGACGUCGGAGUUCACGGAAAGCUUCGUUCCUGCAACUGUCUCAUCGACGGUCGCUUCGUCCUUAAGAUCUCCGACUUUGGACUCCGAACUCUCAGCACACCCUCCGAGUUCAUCCGGGAUCAAAACUACUACAACAAGUUUAACUUUACAGAGCUGCUAUGGGUCGCACCGGAAUUACUUCCCGCAACCGUCAUUCCCGGAACUCCCGCGACCCAAAAGGGAGACGUGUACUCGUUCGCCAUCAUCCUGGAGGAGAUAGUCGUCCGAGGUGGUCCGUACGAAACGGCGCGUCAGUUUAUGGACCCCCAGAAGAUCAUCGAACGGGUGGCGGCCCACGAGUCACCGGCAUUUCGGCCGUUCGUUGGGCAACGAGAUUGCCCGCCGGACUUGCUAGAUUUGAUGGAGAAGUGCUGGUCGGACAGUCCGGACGAUAGGCUUACGUUUGCGCAGAUAAGGAGCACCGUGAAGCUGAUCAUGAAGGGCUUUUGCGAGAACCUCAUGGACGAUUUGCUGCGUCGCAUGGAGCAGUACGCCAACAACUUGGAGAGCUUGGUCGAGGAAAAGACCGAACAACUAAGCAUGGAAAAGCGUCGUACCGAGGAACUGCUGUACCAGGUGCUUCCAAGACCCGUUGCCCAGCAGCUGCUAGCCGGGGAGAUGGUUCAACCGGAGCAGUUCGAGUGCGUUACGAUCUACUUCAGCGACAUUGUUGGCUUUACGGCACUUUGCGCCACCAGUCGACCGAUGGAGGUGGUUGACUUUUUGAACGAUUUGUACAGCACGUUCGACAGGAUUAUUGGGUUCUACGACGUGUACAAGGUUGAAACCAUCGGGGAUGCUUACAUGGUGGUAUCGGGACUUCCGGAACGUAACGGGCACGAUCAUGCUAGGGAGAUUGGGCUGAUGUCGUUGGCCGUGCUGGAUGCUGUCAAGUCGUUCACGAUCAAGCACAAACCUGAUCAACAGUUGAAGAUUCGCAUUGGGAUACACUCGGGACCGGUUUGUGCCGGAGUAGUGGGACAGAAGAUGCCUCACUACUGUUUGUUUGGAGAUACGGUCAACACGGCUUCCAGGAUGGAGUCCACAGGACAUCCAUUGAAGAUUCACGUGUCGGAGGCAGCCAAGCAGAUUCUGGACAAGUUUGGGACGUUCCGUACCGAGUUACGAGGUGAGGUCGAACUCAAAGGUAAAGGCAUCGUAACGACCUACUGGCUGUUGGAGUGUUCGGAACCAGAUCCAAGACCCCCAACGCCGAUGAAGAACUACAACGACAACGAGGUCCCGUUCCCGAUACUGUUUCCCGGGAUCGGGAAAUAGCCGGCGUCGUGACGUACCAGCACGCCCACCAUCCAGAGCGCAGGCCACCUGGCCGUCCUGACGAAGCGAAGGAGCUGCGUUAGCCACAACAUAUUCCUGUGUCCGGAGGAGCGAGACGAAGUUUCCCCGGAGUAGCACCAGAACAACUUACUGUGUAACAAUCUUACUCAGAUGAUAUUCGAUGUCAAUUUACUGCUUGUGGGAGCGUAACGUGGGAAUGGUAGGAUGUAGAGUGGUGUGUGGUGAUUUUAGGAGAAAUGUUUUGUCAACUUUUUAAAUGAAAUUUUAAAUCUCUGGAACAAAUAUAUUUACUAUGGAUAGCGCUAUUUAAUGUCAUCAAAGGUGUUCGCUAAUAAAUGGACUGAUUGUGAUAUCAAUAAC